AUGGCGAGCCCAGCAAACCUCCCUCCUAUCUUCAACCCCACCUCCCAGGACGUUGAAAUGCUCCUUGCAGCGCAAUGUCACUUGGGAUCCAAGAACCUCCAGGUUCACAUGGAGCCCUACCUGUGGAAGACUCGUCCUGAUGGCAUUAAUGUCAUAAACAUCUCAAAAACCUGGGAGAAAAUCGUCUUCGCGGCCCGCAUCAUUGCCGCUGUCGACAACCCGGCCGACAUCUGUGUCAUCUCAGCCCGCCCUUAUGGUCAGCGCGCAGUCCUCAAGUUCGCCGCCCACACCGGGGCUGUUGCCAUCGCCGGUCGCUUCACUCCUGGUAACUUCACCAACUACAUCACCCGCUCGUUCAAGGAGCCCCGCCUGAUCAUCGUGACCGACCCGCGCACCGAUGCCCAAGCCAUCAAGGAAGCCUCCUAUGUCAACAUCCCCGUCAUUGCCCUCUGCGAUACCGAUUCCCCUACCGAAUUCGUCGAUGUCGCUAUCCCCACCAACAACAAGGGCCGUCACGCCAUCGGCUUGAUCUGGUGGAUGUUGGCUCGUGAGGUGCUCCGUCUUCGUGGCACAUUAGCCAACCGUGAAGUCGAGUGGGAUGUGGUUGUCGAUCUGUACUUCUACCGUGAUCCUGAAGCUGAGGAACAGAAGGAGGAGGAGAAAGUGCCAGGUGCGGAGGAGGCUGGUCCCGGUGCUGUCGAUCGUGGAUUUACAGACGCUGCAGAUUGGACUGGAGAGCCUGGCACUGCGCCUGGAAUCGAGGGUGCGCCUCAGGCUGACGCUAACUGGAACGAACCAGCCACUGGCACUGGUGAUUGGGCACAGGAGGCUGCUGGCGGCGCCAGCGGCUGGUAA